AUGACCAAAAUGAGGAAUUUCCUUUUACAUGGGAAAUGCGUUCACGAGUUGCAUUGGAAAUUGCAGGUGCUUUGUCCUACUUACACUCUGCACCUUCCUUUCCCUUGCACCAUUUGCGACAUCAAGUCUUCGAACAUACUUUUUUAUGACAAGUACAGAGCGAAAAUUGCUGAUUUUGGAAGUUCAAAAUCAGUUACCAUUGACCAAACACAUGUUGCUACACGGGUACAUGGUACAUUUGGCUAUUUGGAUCCUGAGUAUUUCCAAUCAAGCCAAUUUACAGAGAAAGGUGAUGUCUAUAGCUUCGGUGUGGAAACCGUUGAGCUCUUGAUGGGACAAAAACCAGUUUGUAUAAAGAGGUUGAAAGAAGGAAGAAGCCUAGCAAAUUUUUUCUUCAUGUGCAUGGAGGAAAAUCGUUUGUUUGAUGUAGUUGAUCCUCAAAUUGGUAAUAAAGGAAGUAAGGAACAGAUCAUGGAAGUUGCUAAUGUUGCAAGAGGAUGCUUGAAUUUGAAUUGA